AGCGCUCGGAAAUGAGCACGCGGCGCCCGGCCUGCGAGACGGAAGUUUACUUUCGGCGAACGAGGAACCGCGAGUAACAGUGACGGUCGCGACAGUGCCGAGACGAAGUGUGUGUGUAACAUUGUACUGAUGAGCGGAUUAGACGGUCGCCCACUGACAUUGCUGUAGAGCAAACACUGUCGCCCCGGUGCACUGCUGUAGCACGUUUGGGUUUGCCUCGCACAGUAUACGAACCGAAAAGGGGUCCGGAGUCAUCGCAUCCCGCUUCCGAAACCGGAAGUUGUUACGGCUGCUCCAGUGAAAGACGAUAAGCAAGACGGCUGGCUCUCUGCGGAGCAUACCUGGAUGCACAUAGUCGGUCGCUUCAAGCGGGAAGCCGACGGGAAGACGCUGUUCAAAGAAAUCGGGGAGUUUUUGAUGGCAAGCGACCGAGGCGUCGCCACCAAAACAGGAGGCGACAUGACAGCAGACCUGGAGGAGAUGGCGAAACGCGAGCUUGGGGAAACGCCCGAAGUGAAAGCUAAGUGCAUCGGGAAGCUGCGCCGGCUACUCUCCGAGGAGUCCUGGCUGGAGUGCCCCACGGACGAGGAGUUCUUGGUAAAGUUUCUGCGUGCCCGCAAGUACGACGUGGAAGAGGCCUUUAAGAACAUUCGAAAGUAUUUCCGCGUCAAGCAGGAGACACGGGAAAUGUUUGACAACCUGAAUCCAUAUUCGGUUCCGUUCGACUCCACAUGUCGCCAGCACCGCCUAGUCACAGUGUCCCGGCAAAGGGAUUCACUCGGGAGAGGAGUUGUGCUUCUGAGAUUAGGCGCAUGGAACAGCCGGAUGUGCUCGCUCACCGAUUACUUCCGAGUCAGCCUGGUACAAGUCGAGUGGCUCCUCUUUCAGCAGGACGUUCAGAUCCGAGGUGUCGUGUUCGUGCUCGACUUCAAAGGUCUGAGCGUGUACCACAUUACGCAGUACACACCGUACUUCAUCAGCAAGCUUUUGUACCUGAUGCAGGACUGUUAUCCCAUCCGUGUCAAAGCCCUCUACGUAAUCCACAACCCAGCAUUGUUUGAUAUACUUUUUGCGGCAGCGAAGCGUUUUAUGAAGCCGAAGUUGCUCCAAAGGGUUCGUCUUCUGGGACACGACCUGGUGAAGUUACACAGCCUGCUUCCUGCAGACGUAAUACCCAAGGAAGCUGGCGGAACUCACGAAUUCUACGAUUACGACAAGCUAGAAAAAGACCUGCAAAGCAAAGCCAAGUUCUUCGACGAGAUCAGCCGGUACGGAUAUCGCAUGCCCAUAAGUCGUGGCAGAUGAUUCAAUAUUGCGCUGCUAGCGCUUCCUGAGGACCGAAAGCGCAUAUCGCCGAAUGAACGUCUGUGAUAAGACAUUCUAUGACACAAGAGUGUCUGAAAGUAACGGUGCCCAAUUUACUGCGGCGAAUAAUAAAACCUAUCAUGGUGGCUCGGUCAAUAGAAUUUGUCAAAAAGGGGGCUAUUAAAGAGCAAUUAUUCCA